AUGUCUUCCGCCCAGCAGCGUCUUUCCCAAGUGGCCUCCCACUUCGGCCCUGGUGGCAAGAAGGGAGUCUCCGCCAUCACGGAGAAGCACCCCGAUGAUAUCGUUGUGACCUGCGCUCUGCGUACGGCUCUUACAAAGGGUGGAAAGGGUGGUUUCAAGGACACCGCUGCCGCCGACUUGCUGGCCGGUGUCUUCAAGGGGGUCAUCGACCGCAGCGGCAUCGACCCAAGCCAGGUUAACGACAUCGCUGUCGGCUCCGUCCUUCCCCCUGGUGGUGGUGCGACGGAAUUCCGUGCUGCCGCCCUGGUGGCGGGCUUCCCUGAGUCUACUGCCGUUAAGAGUCUGAACCGUCAGUGCUCUAGCGGUCUCCAGGCGAUUGUGGACAUUGCCAAUGCCCUGAAAUCAGGCAUGAUCGAUGUUGGUAUUGGUGCUGGUGUCGAGAGCAUGUCGUCUCAAUACGGCCCCGGUGCCGUGACCGAGUUCUCCGAGCUUCUCGAGGCCCACCCCGAGUCGGCCAACUGCAAGGUUCCCAUGGGUGUUCUGUCCGAGCAGAUGGCCAAGGAUCGCAACGUCACUCGUGCAGCCCAGGACGCCUUCGCCGCCUCGUCGUACCAGAAGGCCGUCAAGGCCCAGAAGGCCGGUCUCUUCAACGAAGAGAUCAUCCCUCUGCAGGUCAAGUGGACGGACCCUAAGUCCGGCGAGGAGAAGACCAUCACCGUCAAGGCCGACGACGGCAUCCGCGACGGCAUUACCCCCGAGUCGCUGGGCAAGAUCCGACCUGCAUUCGCCAAGGACGGAUCCAUCCACGCCGGAAACGCCUCCCAGAUCUCCGACGGUGCUGCCGCCGUGCUGCUGAUGAAGCGUUCUACGGCCGAGCGCCUGGGACAGAAGAUCAUCGGCAAGUACGUCGCUGCUAGCGUCGUCGGUGUCAAGCCUCUGCUCAUGGGUAUCGGCCCGUGGAAGGCCAUCCCCGUGGCCUUGGAGAAGGCCGGCAUCACCAAGGACGACGUGGAUAUCUAUGAGAUCAACGAAGCGUUUGCCUCGCAGUGCGUCUGGUGCAUCAACGAGCUGGGUCUGCCGCAGGAGAAGAUCAAUCCCAAGGGUGGUGCGAUUGCCUUUGGACACCCGCUCGGCUGCACGGGUUCGCGCCAGAUCAGCACGCUGCUGACGGAGCUGAAGCGGACGAACAAGAAGAUUGGUGUUAGCAGCAUGUGCGUCGGAACGGGUAUGGGUAUGGCAGCCGUUUGGGUUGCGGAGUAA